GGCGGAUUCAAAGGUUGGAGUAGACGUAUUUCAUGACAUGGGUGACGAAAAAGCCGAUACAAAGGAGCAAGUGCACCUUGAAGAGACAUUCUAUAUUUUAUCCAAGAAGAAAUCCGUUUUUCGUGUGCGUCUUACAUCUAAAGGUUUAUCUUUAAUAAAAGAAACUGAUGAUAGUUCUAAGGAACAAACAAUAUUGUUACGCGAUAUCAUUGGUAGUAAAUGUAUGAGAAGUAAAAGACGUCGUGUUGGUGGAGGAUCAUGCGUGUGCACUUCAUUCGUUGGACAUCAACAGCUUAAAGUUGUGGAUGAAAACAGCGGUGACCUUGAUGAGAACGAUAUCAGUGCCUAUCUGUAUAUUUAUGCUUACGUAUUGAAACAGAGCCGACGAACAUUAAAACGGGAGAGAACAACGAUAACGUUGAGGUUCCGAUCAUACGAUAAAUAUGAAGAUAACAAUAAAGAAGCACAGAAAUGGAGAACCACAAUUAAAUGUUUACUCGCGAACGAGCCCAUCAGCAGUGUUCCUCCGGUGAACGAUAAGAAACUGUUAGUCCUCUUGAAUCCGAAGUCGGGACCGGGUAAAGCGAGGGAGUUGUUUCAAAUGAAGGUAGCUCCGAUAUUACAGGAGGCUGAAGUCCCGUACGAUCUCCAUGUAACGAAGUACGCGAAUUAUGCGAGGGAGUUUGUUCGUACAAGAAAUGUGUACAAUUGGCGCGGUAUUGUGGCGGUUGGUGGUGAUGGAGUGUUGUUUGAGGUUCUAAAUGGAUUGUUUGAGCGUCUUGAUUGGCAGCAAGCAUUUGCUGAAGUGCCAUUAGCUGUGUUACCAUGUGGUUCUGGGAAUGGACUUGCAAGGACUAUUUGCCACCAUUUCAAUGAGCCGUUUUUUCAUGAAAACAUGGUUGGACUGUCAAUAGCACUCACAAGAGGCAAAACAGCGCCAAUAGAUGUCGUCAGAGUAGAAACAAAAAGUAAAAUAAUGUUUUCCUUGCUAUCAGUCGGCUGGGGCUUGCUGUCAGAUAUCGAUAUCGAAAGUGAGAGAAUGCGCGCUAUUGGCGGCCAAAGAUUUACUCUAUGGGCUCUCGCGAGAACCGUGGGUUUGAGGAGGUACAAAGGUGUCCUGAGCUAUGCUCCAAUCAAGGAUGUCAGUAAAUUGCCCAAAGCUAAACAUACGAUCACCCUCAGUCAUAGCGUCAGCCAGGACGGUUCCCUCGACUCCCCCGAAACGGAAGCGUUUUUCGACUGCGAUGAGCAAUCAGACGUGUUUACGAGUACGGUGACUGGAAAGAAACAUCAGAGAGUAGACUCGUGGUACUCCGUGAAUUCUAGGCGGAGUGCGUUUUACAGUACCCGCGGCUCGGAGUAUCACAGCGUUACGAGUGGUGGUUCAGAAAUGCGGUCGCCGGUGCAUGCCUGUAUGCACGGUCCAGCCCCUCACUUGCCGUCUCUCAUGUCCCAGUUGCCCUCGCACUGGGUGCACGAGGAGGGCGAGUUCGUCAUGGUUCAUGUCUCCUAUCAGUCCUAUAUCAGCGAAGAUUUGUUAUUCGCACCGCGUUCAGAAAUGUCCGACGGUGUCAUGUGGAUGCUUAUCAUCAAAGCAGGUAUAUCUAGAUCUCAAAUAUUGUCGUUCCUUGUCACGAUUUCACAGGGGAAUAUAGCGGAGCUUAAUAAUGAGCAUAUUAAAAUUGUUCCCGUAAGUGCGUUCAGGAUAGUGCCGGAAGGUCAAACCGGUUACGUCACGGUUGAUGGUGAACUUGUUGAAUAUGGGCCGAUUCAGGCUGAAAUCUUUCCGAAUAUUGUUAAUAUCCUCACGCCGGAUACAAAAUAAAGUAUGAUAGAUGGGUUUAGAUAAUGCGCUUCUCCGAACUGUGUCAGCCACGUGUAAAAAUUAACCGAGCCGAGAGUCCUUGUGCAAUAUAAUUAUGCGUUUGAUAUAGAAAAAUAAUAUCUACACCUGUAAGGUUGUGCCAGACAUUAUAUCAAAGUAUGUGAGUUAAUCAGAUCGUUGUUGUUUAAUCGCAUUUGUAUUUAAUUUAACGUUAUAAGUCUGUAUAAGAGGAUUGGUUAAAUAGCUAAAUUGUGAUAUUUUAAUGUAAACAUAUUGUUUCUUUUAAGUAAGUCUGUUUAAAGACUCGAUGUUGCAGUGAAUAGUGCCAAAUCGUGAGGCACUCUAAAAUCUUAUCAAUUAUCGGAAUAGUUAACAAUACAGCGUGUACUUCAUGAGUACAAUUAUUCAGUUAAUUAAUCAAAACACGAUUGCUCAAAGUAGAGCAGUAAAAAUGUUUAUAAUAUCGGAUAAAUAAGUACUAAUUGCCUGUAGCUUCUAGUUUUAUAGCUAUAGCUACCUAAUUUAGUACAUAUAAUUACGUAAUUACGAUUUACGCUAUUGACAAGAUAUUAUUACCAAAAAUUAUCAUUUUACGAGUUACUUCACAUAAAUUAUAAAUAAACUAUUCAUAUAUAUGUACCUAUACAUUAUAUAAUAAAAUUUAUGAUUCGUAAACUAUAGAAAAGGUAAUAUCACAAUAAUAGUCUAUAAUAAUACAUGAAAAAAAUCUAUGAUACUAAUUAUUGUAUUUAUAUAAAUGAAUAAAAAUAUCUUAACCUUAAGAAAUACGUACCAAAUCAUUCCAAUCCAGAACUAAAUUAAAAUAUCGAUAUUAUUAUACGCAUAAUAAUUAUUGUUUUAAGCAAAUUAAAUAAGUAAGUAUAUCAGCCUAUAUGAGCUAAUCAUAAGAAUCCAGUUGCUUAGAAUAUAAGGAAAAAUUAAUUUACAAAUAAUAUUAAGAAUAAAUCAUAAUAGCUAUCUGUGGUACUUGGAUAGAAAGAUUUGGGAUUUUUUAGAUUCUACUUAAUUAUUUUAGCAGUAUUAGUGAAUUGUUUUUUUUUUAAUAUAUUUAAUUUUUUUCUGUGAUAAUAUUAAUGAUUGCCAUAUAAAAUCACAAUCACAAUGCUGAACCCCACAAUUACUAUGGCUAAUAAUAUAUUUUUAUAUUUUUUAAUAUAUUUCAUAUUUUAUAAUGAACUUUAUAAAUUUUGUUUGGAUGUACAAACCUACCUGUUUUGAUGUUUCUAAUAGAAAUUGUAAAUCUUUUAAUAAGGUAUGUAAAGCAGGUUGUAUUAAUUAUUACUGGAAAUGUAUGGAGAACUCAUUUUACUUAAUAUCAUAUAUUUAUU